UAUAAACUUAAUACAAAAAAAUGGAGCCAUACUGCCCUUGAGACUUUGACUUCUUGGACACAGAUGAGUUCAUCCAGUUCGUACUUGAACAAAAGGAACAGGAUUGGGAAGAAGAGACUAAGAAGGAAAUUUUGACUGAAGAUGGGCUAGUGAGAAAGGAUUUUGAGAAGUUUAUGAAACAGGCAAAGGGCAGAGAGAUGAUGAAGAUAGGGAGAAAUGGGAGUCUAGAGUUGAUGAGAGGAGGUAUUUUAGGAUUUCAGACUAAGUCUUUUACUGAAAAAUCAAAGGUUCAAAGAAAUCUUAGAAAACAAUCAUAUGUUGAUCUUUCAUGUGCCAGUGCUCCUUCAAAAUCUGUCAGAAAGAUCAGAAAAUAACCUCACUCAAGCAAAACUGAAAAACAGAUCUAACUUAUCCAAAAGAUCAUGGAUUGACUCAUUCCCUACCUCUUCUCCAUCUCUCCCUAAUCAAUCUUACAUCAAAAAGAAAUACAUAACCUUAUCCCAAACCUCUUUCUCACCCCUUAAAAACCCUAAACCCCCCAAAAACCCUACCAAAAUCCUCUCCAAAUACCCAUCCAUCCCAUUACCCCAACUCUACAACCCCUACCCCAAAACCAGCACCAAGCUUAUCCCCCAAUCCCAGUUGAAUAACGAUAGGAUUUUCGACCCCGCUUGGAUCUCUAAGAGUCAAAGAGGUGCUGAUAAGUCAUUAUUUACGACAGGGCAUCUGAGAGGCAAAGCUAAAAAUUAUAAGAACUCAAGCUCUAAUUUCACAUAGUUCAAUCUUGCAAUUUUG